AUGGCUGAUAACACUCGUCUACGAGAUAUCACAAACCGCAUCGAAGUUCUGGAACAACAAUCCCAUCGCCUAGAUCUGUUGGAGCAACAACUUCGCUCGGCUGAACUGGUACAGGAACAACAAUUCCUGGGUCUUCAGGAAUCGAAUGCUCAACUUCAUGAGUCACAAGCUCAAAUACAGCAGGUCCUCCACAGGUUAAUCGAUAACAAUCCUCGAUAUGGAAUUUUGGGUUCUGGACCAGGGUCCACCUCUACGAAAACCAACGCAGAUGUGAGUAAACCUCAUGCUAUUAAGCUACUUUUCCCUCGUUUUAUUGCGGGUGACCCCACAUCUUGGUUAUUUGCUGUGGAUAAGUACUGCCAAUAUUAUAAUAUUUCUGAGGAAGAUCGUUUACUCAUUGCUUCAUUUCACUUGGAUGACCCUGCCGCUUGUUGGUUUCGGGGCCUUAGUGAAGAAGGCUUGCUACCCACUUGGUCGGUGUUUGUUACUGCCCUUCUUAGACGAUUUGGUCCCUCUGAAUUUGAUGAACCGAUUGGUGCUUUGGCUAAGUUACAGCAAUUUGGAUCUGUGGUGAAUUAUCAAUCCAAUUUUGAGGUUGCUGCCAGUAAGGUUCCGGGGCUAUCAGCCACUUUGAAGCGUGGUUUAUUCAUUUUCGGUCUCAAACCCCACAUUAGACGCUCAGUUCUCACUCAACGUCUUGGGGAUUGGCAUGACGCUUUGGCACUAGCGCGAGUUUUUGAGGAUCAGUAUGCUGAGGAAGAACCUAACCGCCAUUGGUUUAACAAACCCAACCCUACCUCCCACACAUCCCCAACAUACCAAAUUUCCCCACCCCAUAAACCUCCAAUUCCGUUGACCAUUACCAACACUCCUCAUAACAAACCAGUCCCAGCCAUCCCAAUUUGUUGCUUAUCACAAGCUAAGAUGCAGGUGAAGCGAGACAAAGGCCUUUGUUUCAAUCGUGAUGAAAAGUUCACCUAUGGUCAUAGGUGUAAGGCACGGGCAUCCUUGUUGUACUUGGAAGGGUACGAGGAAGAGGAUCCACCUGAUACCCCUGACCCACCUAUUACCUCAGACUCUCCUAUUGAUUCUACGGAGAACAUAACUGAAAUAAGUUUUAAUGCAUUGUUUGGUACCUACUCCUCUAAAUCAUUCCGCUUAACUGGGACCAUACUGGGACAAGCUGUGCAAAUCCUCAUUGAUGGAGGGAGCACUCAAAAUUUCAUUACUCCCCGUAUAGCCAACCAUUUGCAUUUAACACUUCUGGCUAUCCAGCCAUUUAAAGUUCAUGUGGGAAAUAGGGACUCGCUCACAUGUGCAGCUCUUUGCCAAUCUGUCCCAGUCGACAUUCAGGGUCACCAAUUCAAGAUGGAUUUGUUUGUCCUUGAGUUACAAGGAGCGGAUACAGUGCUUGGCGUCCAGUGGUUAGCUAGCUUGGGCCCAAUUUUGACAGAUUAUAAUCUGUUGACAAUGGGUUUCUCCCAUAAUGAUACCAAUGUGGUUUUACAGGGUGAUCAACGCAUUCAAGCGAGUUUGAUCACGACAUCCCAACUCCAGAAAUUAAUCACUCAGAAUUCCCUAGAAUCCUCUUUUAUGUGUCUGGCUACCGACCCGGUUUUAUUUCCACUUUCCCCAAUACAUUCGUCAGACAGCUCCCAUACUAUACCCUGGCCCAAUGAGAUCCAAACAUUAUUGGAUCAGUUUCCUACAGUUUUUGCAGUUCCCACCUCCUUACCACCAGACCGUUCUACAAAUCACUGUAUCCCAUUACAGCCAAAUACAAAGCUUGUCCAGGUCUGUCCUUACAGAUAUCCCCAUUUCCAGAAAAACGAAAUGGAGAAAUUAGUUUCUGAGAUGCUACAAAAUGGCAUGAUUCAGCCUAGCAACUCGGCCUUUAGCUCCCCAGUGCUGCUUGUUAAAAAAAAGGAUGGCACGUGGCAUUUCUGCGUUGAUUACCGUGCCUUGAAUGCAGUUAUCGUGCAAGACAAAUUUCCAAUCCCAAUGAUUGAUGCGUUAAUGGAUGAGCUAUAUGGUGCAACUGUUUUUUCCAAAUUGGAUCUCCGAUAUGGUUAUCACCAGAUUAAAAUGCACCCAGCUGAUAUCCACAAAACAACAUUUCGCACACACCAAGGCCACUACGAAUUUUUGGUGAUGCCCUUCGGUUUGUCGAAUGCACCAUCAUCCUUCCAGGCUACAAUGAAUCAGGUCUUUUCUGCCUUCUUACGUCGUUUUGUGGUGAUAUUUUUUGAUGAUAUUUUGGUGUACAGCUCUUGCCUUCAGGAACACCUUGGCCAUUUACAACAGGUCUUGAGCACAUUGCAAACUCACUGCUUCUUUGCUAAGCUCUCCAAGUGUUUAUUUGGCCAAUCCUCACUUCAGUUCUUGGGCCACACCAUCUCGGGUGAAGGGGUACAACUGGAUCCAAGCAAAAUCCAGGCGAUCAUCAACUGGCCCACCCCAAUGUCUGCUACCCAAGUUCGAGCCUUCUUAGGCCUUUUCGGUUACUAUCGACGUUUCAUACGUCAUUAUGCUUCUAUUGCUGCUCUUUUAACCGAUCUGUUGACCAAGGACGGUUUUGUUUGGUCCCCCACAACAGCAGACGCUUUCUAUCAACUCAAAGCUCCACUCACCACAACCCCCUAUUCUGGCACUCCCAAAUUUCAAAGCACCUUUUGUGGUUGA